CCCAACUCAUCUCUGAUUAUAUCCCGAAAUUCACCUGCAUAGUCUGUCUUCUACUAUUCAACUUUCUGGGCAUACACGGAUUUGAUAGUUGCAAGAUCGUUCAACUGCAUUCAACUAAGCCCAACACGUGCAGUGCAAUAUGGGUGAUGUUCUGCCUGCUGUUGAGAAUCUAAGUUUGAACGAAGAAAAGGCAUGAAAGUUGAAAUUAUAUUAUGUUUUAUUUAAGUAUCUCAGAUUCUCGGUAAAUUAUGCUGAAAAGAUUGUGCUACCGCGAUUCUCGGAUCAUUUUAAACGGCACCAAACGGACGUUAGCUUGGGUAAAAAUGAAAUCAAAGGGAAAGAAUGCGGCUAUAGAGAAAAGCACGGUAUUGGAAUUAAAUCCAUGGCCUUCUUAUAUUAAGGAUCGUCUUAUCAUGUGGAAUGAAUUAAAAACUAAGUAUAAUGCUGAAAUAGCUGCAAAGCCUGUUAUUGAUAUAGCAAUUACACUACCUGAUGGCAAAGAAGUAAACGGUCAAGCAUGGCGUACAACUCCUUAUGAAGUGGCAAAAGAUAUAAGUCAGAGUUUAGCAGACAGCACAGUCAUUGCAAAAGUUAAUAAUGAACUAUGGGAUCUGGAUCGACCCUUAGAAUCUGAUUGUAAACUUGAACUUUUAAAAUUUGAUAAUCCAGAAGGACAACAGGUUUUCUGGCAUUCUAGUGCUCACAUUCUUGGAGAAACUAUGGAACGCAUUUAUGGAGGUUGCCUGUGUUAUGGCCCUCCUAUAGAAAAUGGCUUCUACUAUGAUAUGUUCUUGAGUGAUAAAGGUAUUUCAAAUUUAGAUUUUCCCUAUAUGGAAAAUUUAUUUAAAACUAUAGUUAAGGAGAAGCAGCCAUUUGAGAGGCUCGAAAUGAAAAAAGAAGACCUUCUAGAAAUGUUUAAGUACAAUGAAUUUAAAGUUCGCAUUUUGAAUGAAAAAGUACACACACCUACAACUACUGUGUACAGAUGUGGUCCAUUGAUAGAUCUGUGCAGAGGUCCUCAUGUUCGACAUACUGGAAAAAUCAAGGCUGCUAAAAUUACAAAGAAUUCAUGUACAUACUGGGAAGGGAACUCCAAUGCUGAAUCUUUGCAGAGAGUUUAUGGAAUCAGUUUUCCUGAUAACAAACUAUUAAAAGAAUGGGAAAAAUUCCAAGAAGAAGCAGCUAAACGUGAUCAUAGAAAGAUAGGAAGAGAACAAGAGUUAUUUUUCUUUCAUGAACUUUCACCAGGAUCUUGCUUUUUCCAACCACGGGGCGCACACAUCUAUAAUACUUUGGUCGAAUUUAUUCGGUCAGAAUAUAAGAAGAGAGGAUUUCAAGAAGUUGUAACUCCUAACGUAUUCAAUAGUAAAUUGUGGCAAACAUCUGGACACUGGAUUCAUUAUGCUGAGAAUAUGUUUUCCUUUGACGUUGAAAAAGAAACAUUUGCUUUAAAGCCCAUGAACUGUCCAGGACACUGCUUAAUAUUUGAUGUCCGUCCAAGAUCAUGGCGAGAAUUGCCAUUAAGAAUGGCAGACUUUGGAGUCCUGCACCGUAAUGAAUUAUCUGGUGCUUUGACAGGAUUGACAAGAGUGCGUAGAUUUCAACAGGAUGAUGCACAUAUAUUUUGUACUGUUGAUCAAAUCAAAGAUGAAAUGUUAGGUGCACUUGAUUUCCUCAAACAUGUUUAUUCCAUAUUUGGAUUCACAUUUAAUUUGUGCCUUUCAACAAGACCAGAGAAAUAUUUAGGAGAUUUAGCUAUGUGGGAUCAGGCUGAAAAAGCAUUGGCUGAUAGUUUGAAUACUUUCGGUGAACCAUGGACAAUUAAUCCUCAAGAUGGAGCAUUUUAUGGUCCCAAAAUUGAUAUAACAAUAAUGGAUGCUUUAAAAAGAUCACAUCAAUGUGCAACGAUUCAACUGGAUUUCCAGUUACCAAUUAGGUUUAAUUUAUCAUAUGUAAAUGAAUCUAGUGAAAAAACGAGACCGGUAAUCAUUCACCGAGCUAUUUUAGGUUCAGUUGAACGUAUGAUAGCAAUUUUAACAGAAUCCUAUGCUGGAAAAUGGCCAUUCUGGAUUUCUCCUCGACAAGUAAUGGUUGUACCCGUUGGUCCGCAGUUUGAUGAUUACGCAUUUAAAGUAAAGGAACAACUUUGGCAGGCUGGAUUCAUGGCAGAAGUAGAUGUUGACUCUGGAGACACUAUGAAUAAAAAAAUUCGUAAUGCUCAGUUAGCUCAAUUCAAUUUCAUACUUGUUGUGGGAGAAAAGGAACGCAGUGCUGGUACUGUCAAUGUUAGAACGAGAGAUAAUGUUGUGCACGGAGAAAUCUCGGUAGAAAAUUUAAUACAAAAAUUCAACAUAUUUAAAAACGAGAAACAACGCAACUGUGAAGAGCAAUUUUAAUCUAUUAUUUGCGCAUGAAGAAGAUUUUUAACAGAUCUUAUACGAUAAUAGUUUCUUAAUAUUUAUAUCAGGGAAAUAUAAGUGCAAAGACCUUAAACGAUCCAUCCACUGAGCACGUUUUGCUUUUAACUUAUUAAUAUUGACUGUAUGUCACACUUGUAUUUGCAAAAAGCCUGAUAAGAGAAUAGUUUCACUUUGAAAACAAGAUUUCAUUAAUGAUAAGCAUGUAUAUCAAAAUGCUCUCCAACGGUGGAUGUGUGAUUAAUGUCUUAUUACCAAAAGCUAAACUUAAAUACAUUGCAUUUCAAUUAAUUUAUUCCAAUAGACUCAAUGUGGUCUAUUUAAUGAAACAAGCACAGGAAGUAUUAAUCAAAAACAUACACAGAAAACUAAAUACAAGAUUAUAUAUAUUUUUGGUUUUACAUAAUCGUAUAUGGAAAGGAUUGUUUAUUUCUCAAUAAUGCAUUUUUCCUAAUAAAUACAUGGUCUCUCUACAGAAAUCCUAA